AGCCAAAGAGCUGAAAGGGGACCUCAUCGGGGCUGAGCCAGCAGGCGUGCGGGACCCACACUGUCACCUCAGCCCCACAGCCCCCAGCUCUGGCGGGGAAGGCCUGGUGUUUGGCAGGGUCCCCCCAUCCUGUGAACACCCCUGGGAGGAAGGUGGGUGCCAAGGGGCAGAAGGAAGCAGACAUUGUCUUGCUGCAAACCGGCUACACCGCUGAAGGGGUGCCCGUGGCUCCUGGGGUCAAGCGUGGCCAUUCAGACAGACCCACGUGCUGACGCCCCCGUGGGCGGGAGCGUACAGGAAGCACACGGGAGCCCUGGGACCCUCCCCUGUGUCACACAUAAACGGCAACUGAGUGAACUGCCCAGCGGGUUAGGUGUAAGGGUCGGAGGCGUGUCCAGCGUGACGCCCACAUGGGCGCACGCUCUGGGACAGAGGUGGGGGCAGCAGGUGGCCAGGCAGUCUCUCCCCCUCAGAAUCAUCGUGGGCACGAGGGGCCAGAGCCUUGGGGUCCAGGGCACGAUUGACAUCGCUGGAAAGUGUCACUUGCCAAGCACAGCGGUGUUAUCAUUUCCUGCCUCCCGAGCUGGACAGCAGGCGGGGGUCACAGACGGCGGAAUCUCCCAGUUUAUUUCAAGAAGGCCCAGGGCCGUUUCCCCUCCCUUCCUCCCGCCUUGUAGCUGUUUGUUUGAACUUGAGAUUUCCUGAGCUUGGAAGGUGUUUCUGACUUGGGCAGCGAAGCAAACCCCUGACUCUGGGAGCCCCGGCCAGCACAAGCCCCUUUCCGAGGAAGGAAACGCCCAAGACCUGCAAAUAGACUGCUCUGCAGCCUGGCCCCCACUCUGCAGAGCUCUCCUCUGACACCGCAGGCCUUGUGUCCGGGCUGUGUCCCCCCAGGUGAGGGGACAGGCAGGGGCCGGCCCUCCGUGCACAGGAGGUUCUGGGCUGCCCGCGCCCGGAGUGAUUGCAGAGCAAGGCCUGGAGGUGGAGGCCAGGGACUCUGGGAGCCGGUUGGACGCUCUGUUGUUCCUUAGGACUCGGCAAACCCAAGGUCACUGGAGGUCGCCUGCCCAGCUCAGCGUGAGCGCGGGGUGGGGUGCCCUCCCCCACUGCCAGUGCCCGCCCGCUGUGGACCGUCUGCAGAGGAGAACUGCAGGGCAAGGGAACUGUGCCCUGUGGAAUCGAAGCCCCCGCUGCCGUGCGCGUCCCUGGAGAAAACGUGAUGGCCGCGAAGGGAGCUUCUCGGGGAGCCCCCGGGGGGCCCCAGCGUCGGCUCUGGCUGCUGCCUCGGAGACGCCGGGGGACCUCGAGGCGCCCACUGCCUGUUGAGGCGGGACGGGUUGGCACCACCCGGGACGCAGGAGCAGAUGAAAUCAUGCACCAGGACAUCACCCCGCUCUGUGCCGCUGACAUCCAGGACCAGCUGAAGAAACGCUUUGCUUAUCUGUCCGGUGGGCGCGGGCAGGACGGCAGCCCGGUCAUCACCUUCCCAGACUACCCGGCCUUCAGCGACGUCCCCGACAAGGAGUUCCAGAAUGUCAUGACCUACCUCACCAGCAUCCCCAGCUUGCAAGAUGCUGGCAUUGGGUUCAUCCUGGUCAUAGACAGAAGGCAGGACAAAUGGACGUCAGUGAAGGCGUCGGUCCUGCGAAUAGCCGCGUCCUUCCCGGCAAACCUCCAGCUCGUCCUUGUCCUGCGCCCAGCAGGGUUUUUCCAAAGGACCCUCUCUGACCUCGCUUUCAAAUUCAACAGAGAUGACUUUAAGAUGAAGGUGCCGGUCAUAAUGCUGAGCUCAGUGCCAGAGUUACACGGUUACAUCGACAAGUCCCAACUGACUGAGGACCUGGGCGGGACCCUGGACUACUGCCACACGAGGUGGCUGUGUCACCGUACGGCGAUCGAAAGCUUCGCCCUCAUGGUCAAGCAGACUGCUCAGAUGCUGCAGUCCUUCGGGACCGAGCUGGCCGAAACGGAGCUGCCCAAUGACGUCCAGUCGACAAGCUCGGUGCUCUGCGCUCACACGGAGAAGAAGGACAAAGCGAAGGAGGACAUGAGGGCGGCCCUGGACGAGGGACAGAGCCUCCUGCAAAGCGUCAGAGAGCCCCUGGCCAAGGGCGGGGGGCGGAGCCUGAGCCAGGACCAGCUGGACAAUCAGACCACCGUGCAGAGGCUCCUGGCCCAGCUGAACGAGACCGAGGCCGCCUUCGAUGAGUUCUGGGCAAAGCACCAGCAGAAGCUCCAGCAGUGUCUGCAGCUCCGGCACUUUGAGCAGGACUUCCGAGAGGUCAAAGCCUCCUUAGACGCGCUGGCCCAGAAGAUAGCGACCUUCACGGAUGUGGGCAACAGCCUGGCACACGCAGGGCAUCUCCUGAAGGACCUCACCAGCUUCGAGGAGAAGUCCAGCGUGUCUGUAGAGCGGGCCCUCGCACUUGCCCUGGAGGGUGAGAAGCUCAUUGACAGCAGGCACUACGCUGUGGACUCCAUCCGCCCCAAGUGCCAUGAGCUCCAGCACCUGUGCGACCAGUUCGCGGCAGAGGUCGAGAGGAGGAGGGGGCUGCUCAGCAAGUCCCUGGAGCUGCACAGCCUCCUGGAGGCGUCCAUGAAGUGGUGUGAUGAGGGAAUCUACCUGCUGGCCUCACAGCCUGUGGACAAGUGCCAGUCCCAGGAGGGUGCUGAGGCGGCCCUCCAGGAAAUUGAGAAGUUUCUGGAGACUGGCGCAGAAAACAAGAUCCAGGAGCUCGACAGAAUCUACCAGGACUAUGAACCCGUCCUCACCACAGACCUGAUGGAGCAUGUGCAGAAGGUCUACCAGAAGCAGGAGGGCACGGAGGAGAUGUUCCACCGGAGACAGGCCAGCCUGAAGAAGCUGGCGGCCAAGCAGACGCGGCCCGUGCAGCCGGUGGCCCCCCGGCCAGAGGCACUCACAAAGUCACCCUGCCCCUCCCCAGGCAGCCGGAGAGGCUCUGAGAACAGUCCUGAGGGCAGCAUGCUCCGGAGAGGGCCCUACAGGAGGGCCAAGAGCGAAGUGACUGAGAGCCGGCAGGGCCGCGGCAGCUCCACAGGCGACGAGGAGGAGAGCCUGGCCAUCUUGCGGAGGCAUGUGAUGAAUGAGCUCUUGGACACGGAACGGGUGUACGUGGAAGAGCUGCUCUGUGUCCUGGAGGGCUAUGCCGCCGAGCUGGACAACCCGCUGAUGGCGCACCUCGUCUCACCCGGCCUCCAAAACAAGAAGGACGUUUUGUUUGGAAACAUGGAAGAGAUUUACCACUUUCACAACAGAAUAUUCCUGAGGGAGCUGGAAAACUACACUGACUGCCCAGAGCUGGUUGGAAGGUGUUUUCUGGAACGGAUGGAAGAGUUCCAGAUCUACGAGAAGUAUUGCCAGAACAAGCCUCGCUCUGAGAGCCUGUGGAGACAGUGCUCCGACUGCCCGUUUUUCCAGGAAUGCCAGAGGAAGCUGGACCACAAGCUGAGUCUCGACUCCUACCUGCUGAAGCCAGUGCAGAGAAUCACCAAGUACCAGCUGCUGCUCAAGGAGAUGCUCAAAUACAGCAAGAGCUGCGAGGGGGCUGAGGACCUGCAGGAGGCACUGAGCUCCAUCCUGGGCAUCCUCAAGGCUGUGAACGACUCCAUGCACCUGAUCGCCAUCACCGGCUAUGACGGGAACCUGAGUGACCUGGGGAGGCUGCUGAUGCAAGGCUCCUUCAGCGUGUGGACAGACCACAAGAAGGGCCACACGAAGGUGAAGGACCUGGCCAGGUUCAAGCCCAUGCAGCGGCACCUCUUCCUGCACGAGAAGGCCGUGCUCUUCUGCAAGAAGAGGGAGGAAAACGGGGAGGGCUACGAGAAGGCCCCUUCCUACAGCUACAAGCAGUCCCUGAACAUGGCGGCAGUAGGCAUAACCGAGAAUGUGAAGGGCGAUGUGAGAAAGUUCGAGAUCUGGUACAACGCCCGGGAGGAGGUGUACAUCAUACAGGCACCGACGGCGGAGAUUAAAGCAGCCUGGGUGAGUGAGAUCCGCAAGGUGCUGACCAGCCAGCUGCAGGCUUGCAGAGAAGCCAGCCAGCACCGAGCGCUGGAACAGUCCCAGAGCCUUCCUCUGCCCACGCCGCCCAGCACCAGUCCCUCGAAAGGGAACACAAGAAACAUCAAAAAGCUGGAGGAAAGAAAAACCGAUCCCCUAAGCCUGGAAGGAUACGUGAGCUCCACACCGUUGCCGAAGCCCCCCGAGAAGGGCAGAGGUUGGAGCAAAACGUCUCACCCCUCAGAGGCCCCUGAGGACGACGGCUGGUCGAGUGCUGAGGAGCUGAUCAAUUCCUCGGAUGCGGAGGAGGAGGGCAGAGUGGGCCCCAGGAAGCUGGUUCCAGGGAAGUACACGGUUGUGCUGGGCGAUGAGAAGGAAAGCCCUGAAGCGCUUGCCGUGAGAAGCGGAGACGUGGUGGAGGUGGUCCAGGAGGGUGACGAGGGCCUUUGGUAUGUCAGGAACCUGACCUCCAGCAAGGAGAGCUGGGUGCCGGCCAGCAGCCUCUCCACGCUCCUCGGCACGUCGGGCUCGGCUCAGUGCCUGAGCAGCUCAGAGUCCAGUGCAGGCUCCGCCCUGCUGAGCGCCUCGUCCAGCUGCAGCGAGAGCUGCGGGGCCCCCCUCUCAGACCUGCAGGGGUAGCGCCGGGCCGCGCAGGAUGGCAGCCUGCGGACCUCUAAGUGUUCCUUUGCUUGGGCUUGCUUAGUUUGGUGAGGGACGGUGCUCUAAGACCCUGGGAAAGGAGGACCCUGGCAAGACCCGGAAGAAGAGCCGCCCGCUGCCCACGAGACUUGGCGGUGCAGACACAGGGGCAUGCAGAGGAAAGGUUCUGGAAGAUUCUGUCCUCCGGUCUUCACGCCAGGACCCCCAUGACGAAGGCGCAGAAGUCAGCUCCACGGGAAGAUGGCGGCACACCGAGCUUCCCCGCAGAACCAGGAUGGAUGGAGGGCUGUGGGGCAGCGGAGCAAACAUGUGGCAGGUGCCAGGGGGCUGUCGUCCGCCUCCACCGGGCCGCAGUGGGGAGCCCGUCCCGGCCACUCGGCUUCGGUUCCUGCCGCAUCUGGGCUGGUGCUUCCUGCAGGGAUCAGCACGUUGUGGGAGGGACCGCUUCCCAAAGAAGUGGCCAACCUACUGACCCAACAGCUUGGUGGAGGACUUUUUGAUUUUUACAAGAAAGCAGGGAUUAAUUCCAUGGCCUUUUUGUGGUACUUUGGCCGCUAAUCUUUACCAAGAAUCACUGUGUUUACAUGAAAUGACAAUUUAAUACUGUAUUUGAUACAAAACUAUUUUCUGUUACUGGGGUUUACACUGCAGCGCGUUGUUUAUACUGCUGGAGAUUUGAGGGCUCUCUCUUGGGACCAAAGCCCUCUCCAAGGCCGGCCUGGUCACCGGCGGUUGAAAACGCAUCCCUCGAUAAAAUCCAGCAAUGUUUCUACAAACAGGAGUAGUUGAAACCAAGGAGAGUCCUUUAUCUGUGUGGGUUAAUUUUCAAAAGAAAAUUUAAACUAUAAUUUAAAAUAUUUAGUUUCUUUUCUACAAAAAUGGGGAACUUGAUUUUUUUAACUAGCUUCACUGAAUUAGGAUUUUUUAUCGUUUUUAAAGAAUACAUAAAGAUGCAGUUUCCGCGGGGUACCACCUGAACCGGUGCCCACACAGGGCUCAGUGAAAGCUCCAGCCCUGGCACCUGUGCCGGCCUCCGCUGCUGCCUCCCAGGCUCGGGCAAGUCCCCCUGAACUCAGAAACGUAAAGGUUGCGGAGCUCAUCACUGAAAUCGAGGCAGAACUGGAAAGAAAACUCUUCUGGUUUACCUUUUUGUGUUUCUGAAACAAGCUCUGUUCUCCGGAGACACUUUGUGUAUCUGGUGGGGGCGGAUCUCUUUCUACGUGUGCUUACGUGGAUGUGUGUGCAUUGGUGUCCCAUGUUAGGGACGCACUCGGCCUCCGCGAUGCUGGAAACCGUCACUUUACUGCCCUCCCUGAGUCCCGCGCCCACCGCAGCCUGCUCCCGGCCACACACGAGCCCCCACCCUGGCCGCCCCUGCGGUGUGUUAGAGAAAACAGCCAUGCAAGACUCAGCAGCUUUCCUCGAUGCCCCCCGAUUUACUCAGUGCGCUGACUGUGCAGAGACCACCCCAGCCGCCUCGCCCAACACCCCCCCACCACUGUAAUCUCUUCCUCAUAAAGGCACUUUAAAACCUCGU